AUGGCCGACCGAUUCCCUUCCAUCGAGGACAUCGAGGGCGGAGACGCCGACGUCCGCGCGGAGGGCACCGGAGGGGGGGACUUCUUAGAGCGAGAGCGCGCCGCCCUGGGAGAGGACGCUGACCUUUUCUCCGCCAACGAUGCCCCCAAACAGUCUGCAACCGUUGAAGACGGUGACGACGACCUACUAGGCGGCGGAGACGACUUCUCCGCGCCCCCACAGCCUUCGGGCCAGGAUAACGACUUCGACGGCUUCGAGAGUUCCUUCCCCGCAAUCGACACUCAAAACGAUAACGUCGGCCCUGGCGGUUCCAUCACCAACACGUCCGGCGGCGGCUACACGAACUAUAACGCUCAGCAAACCGAAGCCGACACCGAGCCCAUCCGCGCGUGGCGCGAGAAGCGCGACGCUGACAUCGCCCGCCGCGACGAGGCCUCGCAGUCCAAGAAAGAAGAGACCGUUGCCACGGCGCAAAAGGACAUUGAUAGCUUCUACGAGAACUACAAUCGCAAAAUCGACCGACAGAAAACACAGGUCGCCAAGGAAGCAGAGGAGUUCCUAGCCAAGCGGGAAGAUACCACCGCCGGCGGCACCAGCUGGGAGCGGAUCGCCAAGCUGGUGGAUCUGAGCGGAAAGGGACAGGGUGGCGGCGGCGAGGGGAGCAGCAAGAAGCGGAUGCGGGAGAUGUUGUUGAGUUUGAAAAAUGAUAAGGAGGCGCCGGCUGCGACUGUGGCUUGA